AUGGACUCUAUCAAAGUCCACAACUCCUUGAAGCCGGGAGGUCCAGUUCCCUUCGUUCCCAUUGAGAAGGGCAAGGUGUCCUGGUACGCCUGUGGCCCGACUGUCUACGACCAAAGCCAUCUAGGCCACGCACGUAACUAUGUCUCGACCGAUAUAAUACGCCGUAUCCUCAAGGACUACUAUGGCUUCAAUGUCAAGUUUGUUAUGAACUUCACAGACGUCGACGAUAAGAUCAUAAUAAAAGCCCGAAGACAACGAUUGCUCGACCUCGAAAAGCAAAAGACUUAUACCGACGCCGAGAUCCUAGAGCUAGGAAAAGCUGCAUUCCGAGCCUACGCGAAGAAUAACCUCCCCCAACUUCUCGAAGGAGAGGGCGAAUUAGAUGUGAACAACUACAUACCCCGAAGAGAUGCUGCCUACGGACAUGUACUGGCAGGUGGUUCUUUAAUAAGUGAAGGCAAACCAGGGGAUGCCGAAGCAAAGCUAAAGAUGCAUAUAAGCAAUAUGACCUCUGCAGUGAUUGCUAUCAAUGGUAACCAAGUAUUCAAGGGCGCCGACGAGAUCCUCUUGCCAUACUUAGAUUCUCUAUACAAGGAAACAAUCGAUACCAGCGACCAAUCUAUAUUUACCGACCUGACACGAUUUAUGGAGGGCGAAUUCACAGACGAUAUGGAUGCUCUGAACGUGCUUCGUCCCGAUGCUGUGACGCGAGUUACCGAAUAUGUUCCGCAAAUCGCCAAGUUUGUCGAGAAGGUUGUCGAAAAGGGAUUUGCGUACGAGGCCGAAGGAUCUGUUUACUUCGAUAUCGCAGCAUUCGAGAAGGGCGGAAAUACAUACGCGAGACUUCGACCUGAUAGCCGUAAUGAUAAGGCGCUGCAAGAGGAGGGAGAAGGGUCACUAUCUAAAAGCCUUGGCGGAAAGAGGGGUGCUGGUGACUUUGCGCUGUGGAAGAAAUCCAAGCCAGGCGAACCGUAUUGGCCAAGCAAAUGGGGCAAUGGGCGGCCGGGCUGGCAUAUUGAGUGCUCAGUGAUGGCUUCCGAUGUUUUAGGUUCGCAAAUGGAUAUACACAGCGGUGGUGUCGACCUUGCAUUCCCUCAUCACGACAACGAAUUGGCCCAGAGCGAGGCCUACUUCUGCGAACAUGGCCAUGAACAUACCUGGGUCAACUAUUUCCUUCACAUGGGUCACUUAUCCAUUUCUGGAUCAAAGAUGUCCAAAUCCCUAAAGAACUUCCAGACAAUCAAGGAUGCUUUGGCGUCCAACUACACAGCACGAUCAAUGCGCAUAGUAUUCCUACUCGGUAAAUGGAACGAUGGCGUCGAAAUAUCACCCGAUAUGCGGACCCACGCCGAUAACUGGGAAACUACAGUUAAUAAUUUCUUCACAAAUACCAAAUCCCUCCUAGCUGAAGCCACCGGUACAAUAGCAGGUGUCAAUGGGGAUGUCAAGACACUCUCAAUUAGUGACGACAAGCCUCAAGAGGGGCUGCGAGGCGACUUGGAGCAAGCCAAGAAAGAAGUGGAGGAUGCAUUCGCCAAUUCAUUUGACACAGCACAAGUCCUACGAUCGAUAACCGAAGUAAUUCGAAAAGCCAAUGUUCAUAUUAACGCUCAUAAAUCCGACAUGGACCUUCCGGCAGUCGAAGCGAUCGCGCGAUGGAUUACCAAGAUAGUUGGCAUUCUCGGACUCGAUGCGAAUGCAAGCCCUCCUUAUGAUGGUCUUGGUUGGGCUUCUGCAGCUGCAGCAGCCAAUCUUGACCCCUCAACGACCGUACAACCAUAUAAAGCGGUCUACACCACCUUCUAUUCCGAGGUGCAAGGUCUCGAACUCCCCUCGUCCGAAACUUUCACCGAUCUUUUCUCCCGAUCCCCUGAUCAGGAGUUCGAUUCUCUAGCCAACACCGGGGUUAGAGAUCCAGAACAAUUAGCUUUACCGUACUUACGAGCGGUUUCUAAACUACGUGAUGAACUCCGACGAGUAGCCCCAACAGCAUCCUCAGAAGUAAAGCAAUCAAUUCUUGCCCUGAGCGAUCGGGUCCGGAAUUUCGAUCUAACUAAUCUUGGCGUCUAUUUGGACGAUCGACCGGAUCAACCGUCUUUGAUCAAGUUCGUCCCUGCUGCUGAAUUGAUCAAGGCGAGAGAGGAAAAAGCAGAAAACGAGGCACGAAAAGCACGCGAGAAGGAAGAAAAGAGGCUAGCAAAGGAGAAAGCCGACGAGGAGAAGUGGGCAAAGGCUAAAAUUGCACCAGAGGAUAUGUUUAAAAGCGAUGAGCGGUAUAGCAAGUGGGACGCUGAGGGGUUGCCGAUAAAGAUGAAGGAUGGCAGCGAAGUACCUAAGAGUCAGCUGAAGAAGCUAAAGAAGGAUUGGGAUAGACAGAAAAAGGCGCAUGGUGAAUACCAAGCCAAAUUCGGAGGGAGCACGGCGUAG